UACACAAAUAAUAACAUGCAUAAUUGAAUUGAGUGACAUUUCAUUUAUCAUAAAUCACUCCUAAUUGGAUGUUGUUCCAAAAAUAAUAUUGGCACACAAUCUAAUUGUGUUGCCAGGCAUGCAUAGGCAAUGCCCUGAAUGCUAAAUGCCUGGAUCCUGUGCAGAGGAGAGCAGGGUUAUGUUGCUCUCUUUGAUGGCACAGGCUCCACAGAGAGAACCACAGGUCAAUAGCUUCCUGUCAGUGCAGGGCUUCGUGUUUUCCCUCUCAGUAAUAUAGUGCAUGGCCUUUCUACCUGAACUUUGCUGUAAAUGUGCUGAGCCAGCGAGGGCAGAAAAAGCAGCACAUUGCAUAUUCAUCUCUUUGCUCUUCUGCUCUUCUAACCAGUCAUUCUAGUUCAAGACCACAGGAAAUCAGUUUUUCUCCUGAAAUCCUUUGAUAUAUAGAUUACCAUUAAAAGGUUUGGGAACUCACACAAGAACUCAACAUGAAGCCCCCAGGCAGGAGUGAAGCAGAUGUGCAGGAGGAAGAACAGCAGCUGGAAGCCCGUUGUCAGGAGGUGGAGGAGCAUCUGCAGGAGCAGCAGCAGGUCCAGAGUGAUCUGAGAUGGGAGCUGAGCCAGAAGUCAGUGCUGGUGGGCGCUCUCCGUGCCAGUCUGAAGGAGAAAGAGCGCCGUUUCCUGGAGGAAUUAAAACACCGCAGCCACAGGACCACUGCACUCAACACCGAACUGCAGAAGCAGACAGAGGUGGCUGCAUACCUGUCCUUCCAGCUGCAUUCAGCAAAGCAGAAACUCCAGCAGCAGAAGCAGCAGCAGCAGCAGCAGCGAAGGAGGCCGGCCCAGCUCGGCACGGACAAGCCCCCCGUCCACCCUUCACCUCAGGCCAGCGCCAGCAGCCCAACUGUGAUUAAACCCAAGCGGCGGAGCUCGAGCCGGCCCUCCUCGCACCUCCGCACGGAGCGCGCCAGGGAGUGCGUGCCGCGCGAGAGGGUGACGGGCCCAGAGGAGCCCAUGGCCAUGCCUGACCCCGCCCUCUUCCUAUAUCCCUACAGACACAGAUCCCGGCCCCUCCCACCACAUAGACACGCCCUGCAGGAGGCAGAUGGGGAGGAGUCAGAGGAGCUGGAUCAGGGAGCUUCAGUGAGCAGACUGGCAACGACAGUAGCUAAAGCCACUGCGACCACGGCAUCCACUACAGAGAACAACGCUGAAUGAGCGUUUCUUUUACAGUUCACCUCAACGACCUACUUGUUUUUAUGAUAUUUACCCCUGAAUUGCUGAAUUGCACCUUGAGCCCCUCGGGAGAACUUUUGCAUUAUGACAGAAAUGUUUAUAUUUGCAAUACGGCUAGCUUUUUUCUUCUUCUUUUUCUUUCUUUCUACAGUUUGCACAUGCAGUGAUGAAUAGACAGAGGAGAAAUUCUUGCUUACGCUCUUGUUAAACCAAAAUUGAUGUUUAUGUUGCUGUAAAGCAUUUUUGUAAUCAAAAAUGACCCUGAGGUCCUCAAUACUGUUUCAUGCAUCCUGUAUCUGCAGCGUGUAGUUUUUUUUUUCACUGGCAAUAUUAAGAGGUUACAGCAUUCACACUGACAUUUAUGCCACCCACACAUUAUAUUGCUGAUGAAUCAGUCACAAUAAGAUCUCUAACAUGCAUUUACAAACUAAAAAAAGAUACAUUUUCAUUUCAUGUCGUCAAUGAACGUGUAUUUAUUUGAAAAUUCAAGCAUAGCCAUCGUCACUCACGUGAACGAGCACUGAUUUGAGCUGAUUUAGUCAGCGAAAUCGUGUAGGCUAGCAUAAGCAGCAUUAUACACUUCAUAUAUUGUUAUACCCUGUGUGAUCACUGACUGUGAAAACCCAUUUGGAGGUGGUCUGGGAUGGAUUCUAAAUAUAUUUAAUGAAAGUGUAAAUGCACAUGCGUUGUCAUUAAGCGUCGUCAUUAGGCGCAAGAAAGGAAAUGCAACGAAUGCAUUUUGAUUGAUCCGUCGAUGUUUUUAGUUCAUUUGAAUGAAGGUGUAAAAGCAUGCCACUUAAUAUCCGGAUAGGAAACACCUGUUCAUGUCAGAUGUAAAGGGGGUCGCACAGCACUAAACACGUUUAAAAUGCAGCAUAAAUCUGUUUAUAGCACGAAUAUUUUAUAUUGUUACACUUUGGAUACAUGUAAAUACUAUUUAAAUGCAGUCCCCUCUUUAUUUAAAUUCAUAGGCUAAUUCUCAAUUGCACAAUAGAAAUCACAAUUUCAAUGUUAUUAAGAAAUAUGCAAUGUUGUAACUCAUAAAUCCCUUCAUCCCUACUGAAACACUGUCAGUGUGAAAGCAGAACCCCGCUGUUUACUCGAUGCAGACGCAUGAUGUGCGAAACAGGCUAAGACAGUGUCCUUGUGAACCUGUUACUGCUGCUGAGUUAUUGUUCAACUGGGUUUUUUAAUCUAUGUGCCCUUGUGGAAUAUCUCAUCUCAGAUAUUUCUGAAUGAUCAGGUUGUCUGGUGUCACCACAAGUGCACUCUCUCAUCCCUCCUGAUGCGAUGGGGAUUUUCUCCCCUACAUAUACUGGUUCAGUUAGAGAAAUCCUGUGUGAAUGAGAUCUGUAGGCUGUACAGCCUGAAUCAUUUGCUUAAGUGCUUUAUCUGGCGUAUAGCGUGUUUAUGUGUGGGCUUGUUGAUUAGAAGAGAGCGGGCUCAAGGGUCAACGCGCCAUUGUUCUGCCAUCAUUAAAUGAUCCAGUGAUGCCCAAAGGACUGAUUAGUUUUAUGCUGCUUAUGCUGUAAUAUUUUAGUCUGAUGUUGCAGAUAACAUGUUUGCAUAUGUUUCAUUAGAAUCACAAUCCUGUUUUAUAAUUCUUUGAGGUCAGGUAAAUGUGCAUAUACCGAGCUUUGGUGAUAUGAUGAUUAAUAGCAAUGUGAUACAUAUUGCAAACAUAUUAAAUGUUUGUAUCACACAAAAGCUUGUAAAAGAUGAGAAGUGGUGUGGUACAAAUUGAGACUAAACUCCUGCACUUAGAUGUAUUACUAAGUUCAUGGAAAUGGAUUGAAUUGGGGUGAAUUAAUGAGUAGGUUAUACCAUAGUGUCACAGUCCACGACGACGACCGUAAUUUUGCAGAAACAUGAAAGUGAAGGUGAUUUAGUACCACCUAUUUGCAAACUGAGCUUUUCUAUAGAUAUUUACAAUUGUAUGUGUUAUUUCUCUUUACUUUUAUUAGAUCAGAAUGCUUGUAAUAUUGAAUAUAAGUUUGUUAAAAAUCCAAAUAUGAAAAGCAGUCCUAAUAGGGAUUGUAACUGAAUGCAUAAAAAGUUUUCCUUUCAGCUUAAAAUUGUGUCUACUUUGACACAGCCCUAACAAAAGUGAUAUUUGCUUCACUCAGGGUCUGAAACCUUAUUUUGUAAGUGUAGACGCAGACAUGCCUGACUAUUUAAAAGGCCUAUAACCAGUUUUUGUAUUGUAUCAGUGCAGAGAUAUAGGAUUGAUUUAGGACAUUAGGUUGAUUUAGACGGUGUGACAUGAUAUAAUCACAAUUAGUUAAUUAAUACAUUUUGUUUUUCAUUUAAUGUUUCAUCUUGAAAACAUAUCGAUGAUUAUGAAAUGAUUGUCUAAUUGAUUUCUUAGUUCUUUAUAAUACCAUUGUGAUGUUAAAAAGAGAAGCAAUACUGCCUCACAUGAUGACUUCUAUAUAAUCAUAUUUACAACAUACAUAUUUGAAAAUUGUGUUGAAUUGGAAACAAUAAUCCAUAGAUACAGAUACAGUACAUGCAAUAUCUGAUUUUUCUGAUGUUAUUUUGUUGUCCCCAUUUCCAUGCGGUUAACAUUGUGCUUACCGAGGGUUUUAUGGUGAUUUUAUUAGGCUCUGUGGAAUAACCCCCUGGUCUUCCCUUUAACAGUCUUGACUGUUUUUUCGUUUGUCCUGUUUUAGAAUGACAGUGAUAUGACAUGGGAAUAAGUGAUUAGAACCAAAUUUCACGGGAAAUUGCAGCAAUGUAACACUGUAUUUGUAUGUUUGUCCAAUUCCAGACUUCGGUGUCCUGUUUCACAAACAUUUGGAAAGUUAUGAAAUGUACACAGUAAUUCAAAUCUCGGAUGAUCCAACAUUGUGCAACAAUAAUGUGUCGCAAUAAAUAAUCCACUGUUUACUCUG